AUGGCGAGGGCGGGCAAUGCUGCGGCUGUGACAAGAGCUCUUCAGUCUUUAAGACGUUUGAACUUGACACCGUCUUUUGAAGCACGAGCAAGUUUGAGAACAUCACCAAAACGCAAACCACUACCAGCUCAAGCCUCCGAAUCAACACAAUCAAUAGCUGCUGCCAAGAAGAGGCUACCUCCUCUGCCACCAUCACAACCAACUAUUGUGACAACACUGGACAAUGGAUUGCGAGUUGCCACGCAGGAAUCGCCAGGUCAUUUUGUCGCUGCGGGGGUGUAUAUAGAUACGGGGACGAGAUACGAGACUGACGAGACGGCGGGGGCGUCGCAUAUAUUGGAUCGGAUGUCUUUCAAGUCAACGAAGGAUUUACCAACAGAAGAGCUGGUAUCCCAACUAGAGAAAUUAGGUGGUAAUGUUAUUGCCCAUUCAUCACGAGAAGCAGUCAUGUACCAAGCUGCAGUAUUCAGACACGAUCUACCCAAAGUAAUGCAAAUAUUCUCUCAAGUAAUUAACCAUCCAUUACUACUUCCAAACGAACUGGACGAAACGAGAACAACAACAAUGUAUGAAAUCGCUGAACUAUCCCAAAAACCAGAAAUGAUGCUACCUGAAGUGUUGCAUGGUGUCGCCUUUAAUAGUAACGGUAGUGAUAAUGUGAAUACGUUGGGAAGGCCAUUGUUGUGUCCAGCUGAAGUGCUGGAUCAUAUUACACCUGAUACGCUGAGAAAGUUUAAAGAUACGUGGUAUACGCCGAAUCGGAUGGUGGUGGCUGGUGUUGGAAUGGAUCAUGCCAUGAUGGUGGAUUUAGCGACCAAGUAUUUUGGUAGUAUGCCAAAGACGUCACCUGAAUUAUUAGAGACACAACAGAAGCUGUCGCUUCCUGCAACAUAUACUGGUGGUAUACAAAUACUAGAUACAACGAAUGAUCCACCACAUGCUAAUCCGGAUGUAAGGCCACUAACGCAUGUGUAUAUUGCAUUUGAGGCUCUGAGUAUGUCUGACCCAGACAUAUAUGCUUUGGCUACACUCACGUCUCUGAUGGGAGGUGGUGGCGCCUUCUCAGCAGGUGGACCAGGCAAGGGCAUGUACACACGGCUAUAUACAAACGUGCUCAACCGCUACUGGUGGGUCGAACAAUGUAAUAUGGUCUCCUACUCAUAUCUCGACACUGGACUAUUCGGUAUAACAGCAUCUGUACCACCAUCAGAAGAAUCCCACGCCGGUGUGCUCCCCGUCCUUCUCGACCAACUAGUAUGGAUGACAACCAUGAUUCGCGAAGACGAACUAUCACGAGCUAAAAACCAACUUAAAUCGUCCCUCCUAAUGUCGCUCGAAUCUAAAGUCCUUGAGCUUGAAGAUAUCGGACGCCAGGUAAUGGUGCAUGGACGUCGCUUAUCUGUAAAUGAAAUGAUUCAAAGGAUUGAGGAUUUGACCGUCGAUGAUUUGAUACGGGUUGCGAGACGUAUGGUGCUUGGUGAAGAUACACCGAGUCCAUUGGCGUUUGAUGAUGGGUGGACUAAACCGUGGGUGCGCACGGGGAAUGGCAGUCCGACGGUGCUGAUUCAAGGGCCUGUUGGUGAACGGGAUCCGUUGAGGCAGGCUGAAGCCGUGUUGAAGGAUUGGGGCGUGGGGAGGUAUCAAGUUAGUGGCACUAGUAGUAAUGUCAAUAGUAGUGCGGCUGGUAAAAAGGGACUGUUAGUUCCUGGACUCUCCAAUCGACAAUACUCCACUAGUAGUAGUAGUGUCGUCAGUACAGGAUCUGGUAGAGGUAAAUCAAUCCACGAGCUUAUUGCUGAAAAGUACAAGGAGAUAUCUCUCGAUGACGAUUCAUCAAAGUCCAAAUAG